AUGAACAGAGAAUUACUAAAACUGCUACAGGAGAUCCGCAUGGAACGCGAUUUCAAUACAAUCGCAAUAUGCCAGGCAUCGGCAGAUGAUUGCGUUUUUGAUAAUAUUCUUAAAGAAAUAUCGAUGCCUGUCGUACUUCUGAACAAAAGGUUGGCGUAUACCUACAAGGCGCAAUUCUCAAAAGAGCUGCUGAUUUUGCUCUGCCUACACCAAUCAAGCGUGACUGCUAGAUUAACAGAGCUCAGUGUGUUUCGAAGCUUGAAGCAAACGCGCAUAGUGGCUUAUGCGCCACAUGUAACCGAUCUUGAGCUGGUUAAACAAUAUUGCCUCGACGCAAUGGCCAAUGACAUUUACAAUGUUUUAAUAAUUCAAAGGGAUUUCAGUGCAACCCAAAACUAUUACACUUGCAACAAAUUUCCGCUGGAUGCGCCUCGUUACAAACAGAAAAGUCUUAAACUUCCAGGUAUGAUUUCGAGCGCCAUCUUCGAGCAGCAAUUCCAGAAUAUGUACGGUACGCCAAUAUUAAUUUAUCCCGAUCAACUUGAACCGCGCUCUAUGCUGUACUAUAAGCCGGAUGGGAAUGUGGAGGUGGAGGGGUAUAUAGGUAGAACACUAAGAGUUUUCGCAGCCAGACGUAAUACGACGCUGUUUAUAAAUCAUCCCUAUAAAGUGGGAAAAUCCGUUUUUUACGGAGUACUGCAGGAGCUCGCGGAGAACGGCACCAUCGAUAUAGCCGCUGGCAUGACAUUUGUGACACCUAAUGACGACUUAGAAAAGCUUUCGUAUCCAGUGCAGACGAUGGAUUAUUGCUAUAUGGUGCCGCUACCGGAAAAUGUGCCCAUAAAUCAGCUGUUUUUUGCCAUCGAGUUGGCGGAAAAUGGCACCAUCGAUAUAGCGGCAGGUAUGAGAUAUGUGAAACCCAAUGACGACAUGGAAAAGCUGACGUAUCCAGUGCAGACGAUGGAUUAUUGCUACAUGGUGCCACUACCGGAAAAUGUGCCCGUAAAUGAGCUUUAUUUUCGCUGCAUUACUGACCCACUUCAACAAGCGCAAGCAGAUCAAUUUUAUCAACCUAUUUCUAAAUGA